AUGGAAAUAAUACUUACAGGUAGCACAGGCCGCAUCGGUUCUGCCGUUCUUGAACAAUGUCUCGCUUCACCACAGAUAACAUCCAUCGUCGCUUUCUCGCGGCGCGCUCUACCACAAGCCGUUCAAAACCCACAACUAAGCGUCAUCAUAAUCGAUGAUUUCCUCUCUUAUCCAGAUGCCGCACUUGACGCUAUAAAGAGAGCGGACGGAUGUAUAUGGUCAUUGGGAACAUACAACUGGGAUAAGGUCGCGGAAGUCGAGUAUCCUGAAGUAUUCCAAAAAGCCUUGGCAAGAGUACUAGAUGGGAAAAAGACGUUUCGAUAUGUCUAUUUAGGGGGCGCUUUUACUGAGCACGAUCAAACAAGAUCAUUAUGGUUUCUCAGUAAGGGCCGACAUAUACGAGGUCUCGCAGAGACGAAUCUGCUAAGGUUCGGCAAGGAAAAUCCCGCUGCGAAGGUAUCCAUUGUCAAGCCGGCCGGUAUUACAGGCAACAAUAUCGUAGGGAAGGUGAUUGGUAACGUGUCAUCGCUGACCGUAAGGAUCGAUACGUUGGCUGCAGUUAUGGUCGAGCUCGUGGUGAAUGGUGGUGAGGAGUUGGUGUUGAAUAAGAUGAUAGUGGAGAAAGGUGCUUUGCUGUCGAAAAAGGCUGCAGGAACCGCAUAA